CUGCUUUAAUACUUGUUUAUACUUUUCAUUCAUUUCACAAGGAACUGAUCUAAUACUUGUUUAUACUUUUCAUUCAUUUCACAAGGAACUGAUCUAAUACUUGUUUUUACUUUUCAUUCAUUUCACAUUGAACUGAUCUAAUACUUGUUUCAUUUGGCAGUCUAUAUUGCAUGCAGUUUCAGUAGUGUUCCCACUGGCAGAGCAUAGACACUGUGCACGCCAUAUUUUUGCUAAUUGGCACAAAACACAUAAGGGCGAUGAAUUGAAAAUGAUAUUCUGGAAAGCUAUCAAGGCCUACAAUGAAGCUGAUUUGCAUGAUGCACUAGAUGAAAUGGAAAAGGUUAAUCCAAGUGAUGUGGUUGCUUUCAAGGCAUGUAAUCCCCAUGUAUUUUGUAGAGCCUAUGUUCGGAGAAACAGUAAGUGUGAUGUCAUUGUCAGCAACAUGGCUGAAACAUUUAAUGGCUACAUAAUCAAUGCUAGAGCCAAAAAUAUUAUAUUUAUGGCUUUUAUGCUAGAAAAUAUUAGGGGUGCCUUGAUGCAAAGAAUGGUGAUGAAAAGGCAGGCUAUGGAAAAAGUGUGGCUGUCAUCUCUCCUAGAAUUAUGAGCAGAUUAGAGAAAGAAAAACAUCAUGCAGCCCAUUGUACCCCUCUACCAUCUAGUAAAGUGUCUUUUCAGGUUAGCCAUUAUUUAGAUACAUUGACUGUGAACUUGGAAAGUCAGAGUUGUACUUGCAGAAAGUGGGACCUUAGUGGUAUUCCAUGCUGUCAUGUAGUGGCUUGUAUGUUCUUUAUCAAUGCAGCCCGUGAGGAUUAUGUUCAUCAGUGCUAUAGUACGUAGAGAGGCUAUAGUAGCGGACGACUAAUAGUUCAGAUUAUUCCAGUCAAAUUUUCCAUUUUAUUUUGGAGCAUUACAAACUUUUAUUAUUAAGCACAUUUUUCAAAAUCAUUUUUACUCGUUAACUAAUUCAGAUCACAAACUCUGCUCACUGUUGAGCACUACAUAUUAUCCACUGUUUUUUAAUAGUCGC